AUGAAAGUAAAGGCAAACAGAGUUUCAUCCUCCAAAAAGACAAAAACCAUCACACAAAACGGAAAGAAGAUUUAUCAGCCUCCACUCAAUAAUGCUCAACAAAUUGCUAGGCGCCAUCCCGAUACAUUCGGCGCACCAUCAAGAGAAGAAUUAAAUUCCAUACAAAAGGGAAGUCUGGUAAAGAUAGAGGAGAGAUUUUGGGUUAAGGUUUUGAAGGUUUCAGCCAAAUAUCUGAUCGGAAUAAUUGAUAAUGAUUUGGUGAGUGGACAGGAUUAUACUUUGGGAGAUUUGAUUCUCUUCAAGAAGAAUGAAGUUUAUGAAGUGUUUUCUCAAGAAAUAGAGCAGGAAUUCUUGGAGCAUUUAGACGAAUACAAGGAAAAUGGAAUUGCUAUCAAUUUUGUUGAACCAACCUCAGAAGGAAGAAGAAAGAAACAAUAA